UCGCUCACGGUCUAACUCGAGUUGCCCGAGUUAGAUAACUCGAGUUGCCCAUUACUAAAUUGAAUUCCUGCAAAAUACGGAUACGGACGGCUGAAAAGUUGUACUGUAUUUUGUAACGUUUCCAAGUGAAUUAUCGGGAAUCAGUUGUGUUUUCUUUGUUGUUAAUUAAUCAUAAGUAUGGUGCCGUCAACUGUGGUUUACGUUGCGGCGGUGCCUAUCUCAGUUAUUGUUGCGCUGGGUUUGCUUCGCAAGUGGAGGUCCAGGAAAUGGGCUACCUGUGUGAGCAAUACGUGUUUGAGAGGGAAAACCUUCUUAAUUACUGGAGCGAACAGUGGUAUAGGGUAUGAAACUGCUAAGGCCUUGGUUAGAAGGAAGGGCCGAGUAAUAUUUGCGUGCAGGGACAUUGGUAAAGCCAAGGAGGCAAUCGCUCUCAUUCGCAAAGAGCAGCCACUUGGCGGGGAAAUGAUCCCCAUGCAACUAGACUUAUCAUCGUUUGAGUCUAUAGAAAACUUUGUCGAAGUGGUAAAGGCAGGCUUCCACAAGAUUGACGUACUUAUCAACAAUGCUGGUGUUGUAGUACCAUUGAACCAAGACCUUAAAACGAAAGAGGGAUUCGAAAUUCACUUUGGCGUGAAUCAUUUGGGCCAUUUCUAUCUCACGAACUUGCUAAUGGAUCUUCUAAAGAGAGCUACACCAAGCAGAAUAGUGGUCGUAUCUUCGACGCUGCACGAGCGUGGAAAUAUCAACUUUGACGAUCUGAAUAUAAGGCAGGAAGUUGAACUGGCAAAGAAAACAGGAGGCAGCCCCCGUCACAACCCUGGGUAUUGCAACUCGAAGCUCAUGAAUGCUUACUUCGCGAGGGCGCUGGCAUGCAACUUGAGGAACACUGGCAUUGAUGUCAAUCUGGUCUGCCCUGGAUUCUGUGCUACCAAUCUGUUUAGAUAUUCAAUAAAAUGGUACCACUACAUUCUAAUGGCGCCGAUAUUAAUUGCUUUCAUGAAGACUGCUAAACAAGGUUCAGAAACAGUAGUCUUCUGCGCCACAGACCACAGCAUCGAAGGUAAAACGGGUAAAUUCUACCGGGACUGUGCUGAGUACAACUCUAAAUACAACUUCGAUAAGGAUGUGGAGACCAAAUUGUGGAACGUCAGCGAAGAGUUGGUGAAGGCUAGAAAACCUCUAUGAAUGUUAUACAAAGAGGAUGUAGUCGUUUAGUUGUUAACGUGCAAUUACACGACGCGUGAUACAGCCAUACGCCACGCCUGUCUGUGACGAAUCUUGUGUUUAAUGUAAAUUGAACCUUAUGCCACAGAACAUGGAUGCCAAAUAGAAUAGACUGUCUAGUAGCAUCGAUCUGAACAAUGCUAAAGACACGCAAUCACGCGUCGUGUAACCGCACCUUAAUAUUUAAUAGAAAUCAGCGUUUUGUUCGUGUUCCAAAAAAGUCGAAUAAUUGUUCUCUUUUAAAAAUGGAAGCGGUAUAAUAAGUCAUUAACCUUUCUUAGAAUAUUGUGAUAACUUUGAACGGGCGUCUGCUCACAAAUUCGAAUAUUUUCAAAAUCAAAAUAUAUGUAGGUAAUAAAAUUAACAUACAAUUGGUUACAGACUUAUUAUACUUAUUGUUUAUUUUAAGAACAAGAAUAGAAUGCUGGUUUUCAAUUUGCCAAAUUAUUAUUCGUUGUAAUCAUAUCAUAAUAAAUUAAACUUUUAUGUACACCUACUUUCAAAAGUAUGGUUUCAUGAGUUACUUAAAUAUUUUCUUUAGAUAAUAUAGUCUGCCAUACACGUGGGCGUAUCAGUCUUAAGUUUAAAUUACUUACUAUCAGCUGUCAAGAGUCUAUCCAAUUAAAACCAGUGAGUAUGAUCGACAGAACUUUGUAGAAAUAAUUGGCGACAAAGUACUUAGGUAGAUUGAUAGGUAUAUUUGCAUGUGCCAUUAAUAAAUAAGACCAGUGUAUCUUGACCCUCGUUACGCCUAUGUUCCUUUUGAAAUGGCAGCACUUGUUAUAUAGGUUGUUGGUACUGUAAAGCAUAAUAUCUAGUUUUAUAUAAUCUCAGUUAGUUGGAUAUUGUCAUUGUUUAAACUAUAUUAGAUAUAUUUCUUCCGUAGGUUAGAACUUUAUAAAAAAUGUGGAUAGCUAUGUAAAAUAUUUAUUAUAAUAUUUUAAAAUGGGA